AUUACGGGCCAAUUUCUGUGUGUGCCCGUGACACCUGUAAUCCCGCUGGGGGUGACUGGUGAGGUUUGGACUUGGAAGAGGUAGCCAUCGUGAGAACAGGAGGGGAGGCAGGGUGAACCGAGGCCUGCUACGCCAAUGCCGCAAUCGUCUCUCAAUCCGCCGUCAACUGGAAACCGUCACGGGAGAUUUCGUCCUCGCCGCAGAAUCUACGAGACGAUGCACUUUCUUUUGCCGAGGGGCACUCUUGCUCCCCUUCGUCAAUGAUCAUUGCUCCUCCCUCUUCUGUAAUCGCUGCAAGAUCCAGCCUUUCGCUCUUAUCCAGUCUCAUCCACCGCAGUGUCGCCCUAGGCUGCUUCCCCGCUGCCCAGGCCGUCCAUGCUAGCCUCAUUAAGACCUGCCUCCACCGCCACACCAUCCUUGGGAACCGCCUUCUCGAUCUCUACUCUGGCCUCGGGGCCUCCCAAUCGGCUGUCGCAGUAUUCCACGACAUUCCCCAUAAGAACAUCUUCACCUGGAAUAUUCUCCUCAAGGCGCUUCUUAGAGAUGGCCAAGUUCACUCUGCACACCGACUGUUCGACGAAAUGCCCGAACGAGAUGUGGUGAGUUGGAACUCACUGAUUUCAGGCUAUGCCUCUGCUGGCUUCAUCGAUAAGGCGUUUGGAAUUCUUUCCCGGAUGCAGGAGCUCGGUGUUAAAGCUAGUUCUUUCACGUUGUCUAUUGCUGCUUCCUGUGCCACUUCUGCUCUUCAAGCCAAGCUAGUGCACAGCUUGGUUGUCCGCUUUGGAUUGGGUUGCUCAAAUGUCGUGCUUGGAAACUCACUAAUUGAUAUGUAUGGAAGAUUAGACCUUGUGGGCUAUGCUAGCCAUGUUUUUCAUGCCAUGGAUGAGGUAGAUCUCAUCUCUUGGAACUCGAUUAUCUCAGCAUAUAGUAAGUCAGGUUGUAGCACUGAAGCAUUGGAGCACUUUCAUGCAAUGUGGAUCUCUGGGUUUUCCGCUGAUGAAUUCACUGCAUCAUGCAUACUUAACGUCUGUGCCGACCUUAUGGACUUAGCUAAGGGUGAGCAACUCUUGGCCCAUUGCUUCAAGGCGGGAUUCCUUUCCAAUUCUAUAGUUUCUAGCGCUGUUAUUUACAUGUAUUCCAUGUGUGGCAGAUUGGAUAAAGCUGUUCAGGUCUUCCAAGAAAUGCCAAGAUGGGAUUCAGCACUCUGCAACUCAAUUCUGGCUAGUUAUUUUUAUACCGGACUAGAGGAUGAAGCUUUGACGCUUUUUGUGGUAGCAUUGAGGAAGGACGUCAAGCCGACAGAGUUCACCUUUGCUACCGUUCUCAACUCAAGGCUCUGUUGCUCCUCAAUUGAGCUUGGCACACAAAUUCACUGCUGGGUUUGUAAAACCGGCUUCGAUUCUGAUAUGAUUACCGCAAAUUCUCUGCUCGAUAUGUAUGCGAAAUUGGGAUUGUUCGAGGAUGCUCUAAAUAUUUUCUAUGCAAUGGCUUCCAAAGACUUGGUUGCUUGGAAUACAGUGAUCAUGGGAUUGGGUAAAAAUGGGCAAGGUCUACAAGCUCUAAGAAUUUUCAGAGAAAUGCAAAAGAGUGACAUGGAGCCUGAUAAAAUAACUCUGAUUGGUAUUCUAUUAGCGUGUAGCUAUACCGGCAUGGUCGAUGAAGGAAAGAGAGUAUUUUCAUCCAUGGAGAAGAAAUACGGUGUGACGAGGGAUCUAGAGCAUUAUGCUUGUCUAGUGGAAAUGAUGGGGCACGCUGGAAGGCUGAAAGAAGCAAUGGAUAUUAUCGAGACUUCACCUCACAACCUUAACCUGUCAUUGUGGAGUUUACUUCUCGAAGCUUGUUGGAUUCAUAACGACUUGGCAUUCUCUGAGAUAAUUGCAGAGAAGCUGCUGCAAUCGAGGGCUUGCUCCUCUCUCCCUUACUUGGUGCUGACUCAGAUCUAUACGAUAAGUGGCAAAUGGGAGAGCGUGGCUCGAGUGCAGAAGAUGAUGCGAGAGAGGGGUCUGAAGAAGGUUAAGGGCCAUAGCUGGAUUUGCAUCAGAAAUUAUAUCCAUGUAUUUGAGCCUAACCAAAUAUUCCACCGCAAAGGGGAAGCUAUCUAUUCAAUAUUAGGCCUUCUGGACUGGGUGAUGGAGGUUGAAGAGCAUGUUCAUGAGAAAUUUAUAUUACUCGAGCAUAACUGAAGAAUGAAAACUAAUACUCCGGGGCUUCUUCUGAUUUGUGCUCGAUCAAUGCUUUCUAUUGUCGACUGUGCAAGAGUGCACGCCACUGAGAAUCCUGCACCAGUCUCCGCAUCUAUCUCGAUAUUUUUACCGCAUGGAGCGUCCUUCUGGUUUGACCGCGCGCAGCGCGUGCUCUUCCAUCGCUGUCCGAGAAGGCUACACAUGGGACCGAGAGCCUUCCCUGCGCUCCCGUUGAUUCGUGUUCGUCAAAGCUCACCAUCUACUAUGCUCUGCUAUUUUACUAUAAUAAACAUAAAAUUGUCAUAAUACAUCAAGUGUUACUGGUUACUGGUAGACUAAGUCAUUCACUUUCGGGAGUAACGUUGAUCUAUCCACCUGUCUAAACUGGAUAUCUGAAUUUAAAAAAAAAAAAAAAACUCAAUUCAUUAAAAA